AUGCGUUUAAGUCCCGUAGCGGGUUACCUGAAGCGUAUCCGGGAGGCUGAUUCGGAUGACUCCCACGUGAUCACCGAGUCGGUAGCCCCGCGCGUCGCGCGCGGCCCGCAGCUCCCAGACGAGGUUUGUCGAUCUCCCACCUCCAUCACUUCUCCCACUUCCACCACUCCCCCUAAUUCCCUUCGCUAUCAAAGCAUCAUGGCUGAGCGAAAGGUUCUUUCAAAGUAUUACCCACCGGACUUCGAUCCCACUGCCAUCGAGAACAAAAAGCGUUCUCGCAAGGAUGGAAAACCCGAAGCGAAGCUGUCCGCCAGCCGUCUGAUGACACCCUUCUCGAUGAAAUGCACCCACUGUGGCGAGUACAUUCCAAAGGGUCGCAAGUUCAACGCGCGCAAGGAGACACUUGAUGAGAAGUACCUGUCAAUUUCGGUAUUCCGCUUCUACAUCCGUUGCACUCGAUGCAGUGGCGAGAUAACCUUCCGCACCGACCCCAAGAAUGGCGACUACCAGUGCGAGCGUGGCGCAAAGCGCAACUUCGAAGUUUGGCGCGACGCCACAGACGAGAAAUACAACGACGAGACUGAGGAGCAGACACUCGACCGCCUCGAGAAGGAACAUGGCGCCAAGGAAGAACAACUUGAGCGAGACAAGAUGGCCGAACUCGAAGACAAGAUGCUCGACUCCAAGCGCGAGAUGCAAAUCGCUGACGCCCUCGACGAAAUUCGCACUCGCAACGCCCGCAUCGAGCGCACCGAGGCCCGCGGCGACGAGGCUGCUAUGGCUACUGUUCAGCAGAAGAUCGACGAGGAGGCCCUUCGCCGCGCCAAGGCCGAAGAAGAGGACCGGGCGGCUAUUCGCGAGGAGUUCAGAGCAAAGAAGCAUGCUGCAGAGCAGGCAGCCUUGGAAAAGGAAUACGAAGAAUCGCAUUCGGCAGAGGCUGCGGCUCGCCGGGCUGCAUGGUGGAAGGAGGGUCGCGAGAUGCGUCGUCGUCGCCUUGCCAACCUGCGCGCUCGCAAGGCUAAGGGCUUGACCAAGCCCAAGCCUACCCCCAGCGCCCAACCUACCAACAGCACCCAGGCUACCCCCAGCGAGGAAUAA